AUGUCGUCGUUUCUUACACCACCAAAAUCGGGGCCUACUGGGCGCCCGGUUGCGAAACCACGGUUCGGAAAACCCAACCCCGUCCGAGCGAUGCGCGAACGAGAAGAACGACGAGCAGCCAAUGCAGCCGCCCAUUCAAAUAGCCUACGAGUUGCUGCAGUAAAUCGAAAUGCUUCAUUAGCAAAACCGAACCGUCCACAAUGUCCGAACAAAGCCUGUCCGAAACCCAAUGUCGUCGAUGGGACAUGUCAGACUUGCGGUCGUAUCUCUGAUGACAGUAACAUUGUGGCAGAAGUCACCUUUGGAGAGUCGUCUUCGGGUGCUGCUGUUGUUCAUGGUUCUUACAUCGGUGCUGAUCAAGCGGGCGUGCGAAGCAUGGGACCUGCAUUCCGACGAGUUGGAGGAUCUGAGGAUCGAGAGAAGAGUAUUAGGGAAGCAAAGGGCUUGAUGCAGGGUUACGCGCAGCAGCUUAACGUCAGCGACAGUCUGGUCACUGCAGGAACGCAAGUUUUUAAGCUGGCGUCAAGCGCAAACUUCAUCCAAGGUCGCACAUUGGCCAGCGUCGCGGCUGUCUGCCUGUACGCAGCUUGCCGAGCUGAGCCACCAUGCAAGGUUAUGCUUAUCGACCUGGCGGACUUGGUGCAGCUCAAUGUCUUCAAGCUGGGUCGGAUUUUCAAGAAGCUCAAUGAGGUGGUGCCAAUUGGCAACGAUGGUCUCAUUCCAGUGUAUCCGGAGGAUCUUAUCUGGCGAUUUGCGACAAAGAUGGAGUUUCACCAAGACACGGCCAAAGUUGCCGAGGAUGCUGUUCGACUGGUCAAGCGAAUGAGUCGAGAUUGGAUGGUCAUGGGUCGUCGACCAUCAGGCAUCUGUGGAGCUUGUCUGCUCAUGGCGGCACGAAUGCACAACUUUCGACGAACUGUGCGAGAGGUCGUCUACAUUGUCAAAGUCACCAAUCACACGAUUCAGAACCGACUGCAAGAGUUCAAGGUCACUGAGUCGAGUCGCAUGUCGGUUGAGGAUUUCUUGAAGCAGGAUUUCCUGGAGAGCUCUCACGACCCACCUUCUUUUUACAGGCAGUCAGCCGAAUACAAGAAGCAAUUGGCGGCGAAGAAUAAGAAGCGAAAGAGGCCGACAGAUGCUGAUGGUGAUGAAGAUGAGGAGGAAGAUGACAACCUGGCAGACAAGAUUGAUCCGCGGUUAAUAGAGGGCGGCGCUGAUCUCUCCAAGGCGCCUGUUGUCGAAUAUCGCCGUGAUGAUGAUGGCUUUAUUAUCCCGCCUAUACCAUCCAAGAUCGCCAAAGACCCAUCACUCGUUAAUAGGCUGAACGAGAACGCAGAGGAUGAAGAGGCUGAGGGCGAAGACACGAAUGUACAGACACUGGAUGGCCUUGUGCAAGAGUUUGGAGACGCGAUGGACGAGGAGCUUGCGGAGAACGGGACACAAGAGACAAACCAGCGGAAAGGCAGCAAACCACAAUUACCCAUUAAUGAGGAAUGGGAGCAGGACGAGCAAGAACUAGAGGGCGUGAUUGAGGAGAUCUUCAAUGACCCCUUGACAUACGAGCACGCCAUGGCCUACACAACUGCGGAGCAGCGAGCGCGAAUUCACACAGUCUGGGCCCUACAACAACGACCACAGAAAGAAGUUUCCAUGUCGGCGGAUGUCACAGAGGAUGAGUUUGCCGACGAUCCCGAGGUGAACAAUUGUUUGCUGUCACCCGAGGAGGCUCAGAUCAAGGAAAUGAUUUGGGUGAACCAGAACAAGGAAUGGCUACGAAAACACCAAGAGAAGGUGUUCCGCAAGAAAGUAGAGGCAGAACGACCGAAGCAAACACGAAAGCGACGCAAGCGAGCUAGGAUGGGUGAAGGCCAGACCAGUCCCGCCAGCUCAGCCGCCGAGGCAGCCGUCAACGUCGCCAAAGAUCGCGCGUGGUCCAAGAGGAUCAACUACGACGCCAUCCGCAACAUCUUCGACAUGCCGAACCUCGGAGGUCCCGGCUCUGAAGCAACCAGUCGCAAGACCAGUGUCGCAGGAAGUACCAAAGGCGUCGAUGAUGCGAGCGAAGCUCCUGAUGAGAGCGUUGCUGGUGAUGAACCUGAAGCGCCACAGGAGGAAGAAGAGUUUGAGGAGGAAGAGUACGAUGAGACGCAGAACUAUGGCGAUGGUGAGGAGUUUGGUGGUGGGGGUGAUGAGUUUGGAGGGGGGUAUGAUGAGGAUGAUCCGGAGAUGGAUGCCGAGUACGGUCUUGAAGAGUAUGCUUGA